GCCAUGCUAUCCGAUACGUCGAAAAAGUUUAUAAGUAUGUUGAUAUUUUGGCGCUUACUUUCGGCCAAUGUCAAAAUUGUUGUUCAUCGUCGUCAAAACAAACCGCAACGCUAUUUGGCCGUCGGCUCUGAGUCGAAAUUGUGAUAUUGAAUAAAAUUCGCUGGUUUGAUUUAAAAAUGGAAUUCUUUCAAAAAGUACCCAAAAUUGAGCUGCAUGCUCACCUUAAUGGAUCGCUGAGUAACGAGACGCUAAAAGAGUUGAGGAAGCUGAAACACGGACAGAAUGGAAAUGAAGCGUCGCCGUCCGGUGUUGAUGAUGGAUUUUAUAAGAUAACCGGUGGACAAAAUCUGUCUCUGAAAGAAUGCUUCCAAAAGUUCACCUAUGCCCACGAGCUAACGGAUCAGCCAGAAACGUUAGCAUACGCCACUGCAGCGGUGAUUCGGGAGUUCGCCGAAGACAACGUGGUCUAUUUGGAACUCAGAACAACACCGAAAUCAACAUCCAGCAUGACCAAACGCCAGUACCUCACGACGGUGUUAGAGACGAUAAGGAAAGCCAACAAAGACCUUCCGGCGAUCGCCGUCAAAUUGCUGCCCUCGAUCGACCGUUCGAAAGGACUCGUUGAGGCAGAGGAAAAUGUUGCCUUGGUACUGGAGUUGCUUCCCAGCUUUUCGGACAUCAUCGUCGGAAUGGAUCUGAGUGGUGCUCCGUAUGGGACAAAGUUCUCCGACUACGCCAAACGGAUGGCGCCGGCUCAGGCUGCGGGACUACGGAUGGCCUUGCACUGCGGGGAGUUUGACGACGAUGGAGAAGUGAAGGAAAUGUUCGAGUUUGGAACGGACCGUAUCGGGCAUGGGACUUUCAUUCGGGGUGAGAAUCUACAGUUUGCCAAAGAGCAGGGGAUUCCUUUCGAGUGUUGCCUGACGAGUAAUGUCAAGUGCAGUACGGUAGGAUCGUAUGAAGAGCACCACUUCGGGAGGCUGUGGGAAGGAGGUUUCGACGUUUGCAUCAAUACGGACGAUUUCGGAGUGUUUGACACAAGCCUUUCGCAGGAGCUACAAAUCUGCUCGAAGGUUUUCGGACUAUCUCAGGAGGACAUCAUCAAACUGCAGGAACGUACGAUCGAUUACACGUUUGCCAACGAACAGGAGAAAGUACAACUUAGGGAAACUUUUACAAAUUUCAAGAACUCGUUGAUUGCUGAUGUACAAUAAAUAAAAAUGGGAAUUUCUCAAUUAUCCACAAUCAAACAAACCGAAUGUUUCAAUAUAGCAUUCUCUUUUUAUUCAUACCUUUUCUGACAUCUCGCUCUCGUUACAUGUUUGAUUUUCUUCUGGUUUUUAAUUCUAAAUUACAUUUUUUUUUUUGGUUUCAUUCUAUAUUCAUUCUCUGUUCUACAGUUCUCGGUUGUGCGGGUCUGCAAAAAAAAGAUCUUCAACUCAACGAAAUCGUUAAACACCUGCCGCCGAUCCGAAUGUUUGGAGAUUUUCAAAAGAAAUGAAAAAUCGAAAUUCGCAUCUCAUCAAGCAUAACUGUUCGAAUCUCUGUUGAAGUUUGUGAAAUCAGUAGUUUUUUUUUUUCUACACAAGCGAUAAAUAGCCAGUUGAGAUUUUUUUCGUUAGAAACAUUCGGCGGUGAUUACUCCUCGAUUGAUUAUGUUUUCCUCUAUACAGAACAACGGAACACCAUAGAGUCCAGACGAGAGAAUUAUUGUCAUUUCGUUCGAAUUCCCGAAAAACUAAGAGACUCUUCCGUAGAGGUUGGUUAUGGAGGGUUUCUGGCUACUAAAGUGGGGUGAGACUAGACUCUCUUUCUCAUGUUUUCGUUUUUGGUUACUUUUCUAACAACUAGGUAUAGUAAUACAUUCUUAGUUUUUUUGUUUGUUUGUUUUGUUACGGUUCUUUUGGCGGAACGACAGUUAUUUGCUAGUCGAACAGGUUUUGGUUGUGUGUGUGUUUGUAUAAUAUUGCUGGCAUUCUGCUUCGUGAUUGGUUUGCAUACUCGAGCGCGCACGUUGACAUUCGAAGCAAAUAUGUUGGGACUUGUGGUGUGUAAAGCUUUAUUUUUUUUUAUCUCUAUCGUUCUAGAUUAGUUCCGAAUCCGGUACGUACGUAUAUUACAGGUUGAUUUAUGCUCAAAGUUUGCUUCGAGUUGAUCCUUGCUCUAUUGCUUGUGGUGAGUUUUGUUCUACCCGGCAAUACUCGCUGGUGAGCCAUUCAUUGUAUCUCUUCUUUGCCACAUUAUUGAUCACCUACAUACUUCGUUCUCUUAUCUAUAUAGGUUGAUUCGAUGAGUUUUCCUAAAUCAUUCGCGUAAGAUUAGACUAAUUGGUAAUGCCAUUUCGAUGUUCAUUCAAUUUCGGUAACUAGUUCUGCCUUUUAGUGCUAGAACGAUAUUCUGAUAAUUCAGUCAGUUGUCUUCUCAACUUCUAAAACACAUGGUUUUCUGUCGAAUAUCAUUAGGCGAACAUACGUUUCGCUUUAUACGUUACUUCUUCGACCCAGACAGUCCGUUCUCCAUACUGUGAGGAACGGCUUACAAC